CCACAGUGUUCAAACAAGAGAUUGAGAAACAGAUUAGAAAUUCAAGAAUAUCAUUGGCAAGAGAGAAACUGAAAAAUAACAAGAAUAUUGUCAUUAGCAAGAAAGAAAGUGAUCAGAGAUGGAAAAUGUUGUGAUGAGAGAAGAAGUAGUGAUAGUAGGAGGAGGAGUUGCAGGUUUAGCAACAGCAUUAGCAUUAAAGAGAGUUGGAGUCAAGAGUUUAGUGUUGGAGAGAGCUAAUGAGCUGAGAAUCAUUGGUGGUUCUUUAACUCUUUUCCCAAAUGCUUGGAUUGCUCUUGAAGCACUUGGUGUUGCUCACAAACUUACUGCCGUCUACAAACCUUUCAAAAGGGGAGAAGUUACGAAUGUUGCAAAUGGAGUUACCCAAGAGAUUCUGUUUACAACUGAUGAAGGGGAAGAGUGGUUGGCAAGAGGACCUAGGUCUGUGCAUAGGAGAGCCUUACUUGAAGCUAUGUUAUAGGAACUACCAACUGAUACAGUCCGUUACUCGUCGAGGCUUUGCUCAAUUGAAAAAACCGAAACACGGAAUGAUGUGGAUCCAUUCGGAGUAAUCGUUCAUCUAGAAGAUGAGACUACUAUCAAUACCAAGGUUUUAAUAGGGUGUGACGGUGUACACUCUUUGGUGGCAAAGUGGUUAGGGCUUAAAGCACCGGUUUAUUCAGGUCGAUAUGCCGUGCGCGGAUUAGGAGUGUUUCCUGAAGGUCAUGGAUUGAAACAUGAAGUAUCAUGCCAAAUACCAACACUGACGUUUUCUGGUUCAUGGCUUAUCCAUCCACCCCCAGUGCAGGUUUUAAUAGGGUGUGAGGGUGUACACUCUUUGUUACUAUGCUGAAUAAAGCUCAUUGCAAGCAUUUACUGUAAGCUGCACAGCCCUGUUUCAUUCUGUUUAUUUGAUUUUUAUUUGUAAUAUAUCGUUUUUAUAAAUGUGAUUUUGUAUUUAAAGCACAUAGCAGUUGUAUAUAUUAUUAAGUUCAGGCACAAGGAAAGAGAGUAGAGAAUCUGUUGAUGUUACAACCAGGGGAUGUAGCUCAGAUGGUAGAGGGCUCGCUUAGCAUGCGAGAGGUAUGGGGAUCGCUGCCCCACUUCUCCAUCCUUUAAUUUUUUAUUUUCAUUUUUUGUUACUAGCCUUGAAACAUUUUAGGUACCUUGAUGUAAAUAAAUAACAUGCCGGUCCUGUAAGCGUAAAGUUACAAGCCAACUAGUAAAUCUUUGUUUUUCUGCCAGAAUGUACAAGGAGUUUCAAAAUUAGAGCCAUCAAAUUUUCCAGUACCAGCAAAUACCGUUGAAUUUCCAGAACCGCUGAUAUGAACGUGUUGCCAGUAGAUGGGAUCAAAUUUUGUCAGUACUUUGAAUAUGCAAUUUACAAAGGCCAUCAAUAUGAAUGGCCCUUUAAAUGAGCCACUUGCACUGUAUUGACGAGAACAGUUGGGUAGCCGUCAUGGUUUGCCGCAAGGAACAAGCCAGUAAAAAAAAAAAAUCCGAAGAAAUCACAAACUAUUGAAUAUCCAAACUUAUGUAAUUAUGGAUGGGAAGGAUGCUUACUGAGUUGAUGAUACGGUUCAGGUUGUUCAACUGACUCGGCUCACCAGGCUGAGUUGGAAUUGGGGCACAUUGGCUCGUGAUCCUUCCACUGUCAAGAGCGGGAGGUGUUUGUUUCACACUUAGUAAUGAAAAUGUGAAAAGAAGGGUGGUAAAAAAUUUGUCUACAAAAAAAGAAAAAGUGGUUGUUCGACUGACUCGGCUCACCAGGCUGAGUUGGAACUGGGACACAUUGACUCGUGAUCCUUCCACUGUCAAGAGCGGGAGGUGUUCGUUGCUCUGUGAAACCAGCCUGACGCGGUGCCCUCCGCUAUAGUGGUCACACAGCCCAAGCCUAUGCCAAGACAAUGCAGCCAACUCCCAACUUGGAACGGGCGAGUCAACCUAGCGUGCACACCAGCACCUACCGAAUGAAACCCGACCAGUGUUCGACCACCUUGAUGUCCCCACUUGGGUUACAAGCUCGCGCAACCGAGCUCGACGUUCAUUUCUCCAAUCUUGAGAUCUAAAUACCAAGUAUAGUUUGCAUUUUUGAGAGAUGUGGUACUAAAUUCUACUCCUUGGCACGUGCUUUUGGCAUACUUCAAGAAGGCCUCACCAAAACAAAAGACUGCAAGAGAAAGAAAAGGAUUACAUGAGCCUUGCCAUUUUACUCAUGAUCCAAAACGAUCUCCUUUGAAUCCUUUGUUUUGGAUUGACGGAGUGAACACCUAGAACUCACCGGAGAAGGCAUACUAUGGAGUACAAAAACCUCCAAAGAAUUGCCAACAAAACUGACUCAGUUUUGAAAUCUAAAUAAUUUUACAAGAUGAAGUACCAGCUUCACCUGAUCGGUUGAAAACUCCCCUGCUUUUCUCUGUGACAUUCAUCUUGAAUACUGUUUUUUAUGCUUCAUGAUGAAUGUCUUAGCAACCCGUCUGUAUUAGUACUGAGGAUACGAAAACUAAUGACUAAAGAGAUUAAUUAAGAGUUUAAAUAGCUUGACCCUAGAUAGAUAGGGUUUACCGGUUUAGAAACCUUAAACACAAACAGAGUUUACUUGACACACAAUUGUCUCGGUACUUCCAUAUAUAACAACAGCUUACCGACCCAAUGUGCCUACCGCCGAGGUGGUAGGAACUCACC